CCUUGGAGCUAAGCAUAUUUCAUUGCAGAGGAGCGUUCUUUUGUUUGUGUGUUUUUAGAGAAACUUUGAGGUUCAACUUAGCGCGUUUUAACUUUAUUAGUGCGUAAUUCGUUUUAGUUGAUAUUAAUUACGGAUUGAAGUGUAUUUUCCUAUCAUCAAUUAAUCGCUCUUGAAAGGACUGCAAAAAUGAUGGAAAAAUUUGGUGAAAAAAUCGAGGAAUACGAAGUAGGUGAAAUUCUCGGCAAAGGUGGUUUUGGAUGUGUGUACAAAGCAAGAUGUUUAAUUUCGGGCAAUUCUGUUGCGAUAAAAAUGAUCGAUAAACAUGCAAUGCACGCUUCUGGAAUGGCCAACCGUGUUCGUCAAGAAGUAGCGAUACACUCAAAGCUUAAACACCCAUCCAUUUUAGAAAUGUAUACAUUUUUUGAAGACUUUAACUUCGUUUAUUUGGUACUCGAGUUGGCCGAAAAUGGAGAACUGCAGCAGUACCUAAAACAGCGUAUUCAGCCAUUUAGCGAAUUUGAAGCUGCAAUGAUCUUACGUAAGGUAGUGGACGGACUAUUUUAUUUACAUUCGCAUAGAAUAUUACACCGGGAUAUCUCGUUAUCAAACUUAUUAUUAACAAAAGAAAUGAAUAUCAAAAUAGCUGAUUUUGGGCUUGCAACACAACUACAUCGGUCAGAUGAAAAGCAUCUCACCCUUUGUGGUACGCCGAACUACAUUUCACCAGAAGUAGCCUCACGUGCAUCGCACGGUUUACCAGCUGACGUAUGGGGUUUAGGAUGUAUGUUAUAUACUCUAUUAGUUGGCAAGCCACCUUUUGACACAAAUGGAGUGAAAUCGACAUUGGCGAGAGUGGUAUUAUCUAACUUUGUUUUACCAGUUCAUCUAUCGUCUGACGUGAGUGAUCUGAUUGAACGGUUACUCAGGAAAAAUCCCGCUGAGCGAAUCAAAUUGGAAGAAGUCCUCAGUCAUCCCUUCCUUUCCCGGUAUGAUCUAGGCCAUAAAACAGCCAUAAACAGCAUGAACGCUACAAAUAAUAAGUUUAACUCCGGUAUGGACAGUGGCAUGGGCACUAUCGCCGGGAGCAGUGUAAGCAAAUCAGAUUUAUUUAAUGGUAACAGAGGAAUGACCCAAGCUAACGGCAGGCGCAGCGACCAUCAAAAGCAAGAUCUAAAUGGUGAAAAAUUCACAUUAGUUCAUCCAUACUGGAAGCAAAUGCAUCAGUACGAAAUAGAAAAUAUGAGUUCUUAUCGAUUUCAACCUAAUUCGCAAAUAUCACUGCUUGAAAAGUUUAAUAGUGUGGAACUGGUUCAUAAGUACAACAUUAUUGAGGACAAACUAAUCGAAAAUGACAAAACAAAAAACCUAUAUGAAUUGAAACCGUCUACAGAUUUUUGGGAAUGAAAAAGAAACAGAAGU